AUGUCAGAUGUCAUCAAAAGCUGGUGUAAGGUGACUCAGCUGGUCGCGCUGGCCGCGAUCGCCAGUGAGCAUCCGCCAAAGCAGCUCCUGGAGGAGUAUCUGCAGGCUAUGGCCUCGCUGCAGGAGGAGCAACUUGCGAAGACGAAGGAGUUCUUGCAGACCUUGCAGGCACGUGGAGCGGUCCAGGUCUGGAACCGACAGCACCAUGAACAGGCCGAGAAGACGGAGGCGGCAGAGGAACGCAGCCCUCCGACCACUACCAGGAAGCAGCUUCCAGACAUUUCAUUGGAAUUGGCCGCCCGGAACGGCGACGUUGCGGCGCUCGCAGCGUGGCGUCAGGCCGGCGCCGACUUGAGUGCCGAACUGGACUCUGACUCUGGCUUGCGUGGAUGGACGCCGGCGCACUAUGCCGCUCGCGAGGGCCACGCGGCGGCGCUGAAGUUCCUCCAGGAGGCCGGACACUGCAGGGCUGCUGCAGCUUCCUAA